AUGGGGAACUGGGCCAUCAACCACUGGUUUUCGGCUCUGGUGAUUGCUGCUUGGUUAGCAUUGAAUAUAUACCUUUUUCUGACAUAUUUCCUGAUAUUUGAUAGAAGUGAACAGUACUAUUACACCAGGCAGAUUCUUGGGUCUGCGCUGGCUUGGGCUCGGGCAUCGGCCAAGUGUCUGAACUUCAAUAGUAUGUUGAUCCUGUUGCCUAUUUGCCGGAAUCUCCUCUCCUUUGUGAGAGGCACCUGUCGGUGUUGCAGGCGGACCAUGCGACGGCAGCUGGAUCAUAACCUGGCCUUCCACAAACUGGUGGCUUACAUGAUUGCUAUUCAUACAGCCAUUCACAUCAUUGCUCAUUUGUUCAACGUUGAGUGGUACAUCGAUGCUCAGCAGAAAACGGACGAGAGCUUGCCUUCCAUCCUGUCCCAUCUUCACAAGACGAAUGGUUUGUGGUUAAAUCCUAUCCAGUCCAACUCUACCAUUCCUUUAUACGUAGCAUUCACCACCAUUCCAGGCCUGACGGGUGUGAUCAUCACUUUGGCGCUUAUUCUCAUGAUCACAUCUUCCAUGGAACAAAUACGAAGAAGCUAUUUUGAAGUCUUCUGGUAUACCCACCAUCUCUUUGUCAUCUAUUUUGCUGGCCUCGUCAUCCAUGGCAUCGCAGGUCUUGUUCGUGGGCAAACGGCCGAAAGUUUGAUGAAGAAUAACCCCAAGAAGUGUGCGCAUCGCCAUACCCAAUGGGGCCGAAACAGCAGCCAUCCCUAUUGUGAAGUGCCUGAGUUUGGGAGUAUUCCAGCUGAGUCCUGGAAGUGGGUGCUGGCACCUAUUAUUCUCUAUGCAUUUGAGCGAGCCCUGAGGAUUUGGCGCUCCUGCCAGAAGGUGGAUAUUAUGAAGGUCAUCAUGCAUCCCUCCAGAGUACUGGAAAUUCAGAUGUUCAAGGCAGGUUUUAGCAUGGAAAUCGGACAGUAUGUGUUCCUCAACUGCCCCGCCAUCUCCUAUCUAGAGUGGCAUCCGUUCACUCUCACCUCCGCCCCAGAGGAAAACUACUUCUCGGUCCACAUUCGGGUGGCGGGUGAUUGGACGGAGACCUUGAUUGACACCUUGCAGCAGCCAAACUCACCGAUGCCCAGGAUGAUGGUGGAUGGUCCUUUUGGCACAGCCAGUGAGGAUGUCUUCCAGUAUGAGGUGGCCAUGCUGGUGGGAGCUGGGAUUGGGGUGACUCCUUUUGCUUCAGUACUGAAAUCCAUCUGGUACAAGCUCCAACAUGGUGACCAGGAGCUUCGAACCAGAAAGAUUUACUUCUACUGGGUUUGCCGAGAAACGGGAUCAUUUUCCUGGUUUAAACACCUCCUUUCCUCCUUGGAGCAAGAGAUGGAGGGAUCUGGUAGAGCCGAUUUCCUGAGCUAUCAUCUUUACCUCACUGGCUGGAACAGAAGCAUGGUUGGCCAUGCAGCUCUCCAUUUUCAGAAGUCCACCGACAUGGUGACAGGCCUGAGGCAAAAAACCUCUUUUGGGAGACCCAUGUGGAACAAUGAAUUUUCGGCAGUGGCGGCCGCACACCCCAGGUCUGUUGUGGGUGUGUUCUUGUGUGGACCAGAGCAGCUGGCAAAAACUCUGAGAAAAUAUUGCAGUCAGCACUCUAGUCUGGAUCCCAGAAACGUCCAGUUUUAUUUCAACAAAGAGAACUUCUGAAACACCAGGAUUCAAAUCAGAAGGGGAAAGCUAUUAAAUGCCUGUCUGAACUAAUGACUGUAAGACCAGAGCCUGCAACUUAGUGGACACUCCUUUC